UGUUGUCUCCCAUCUGAUAUCCUCCAUGAUACUGAAGUGUUUGACCAGCUGAAGGCAGACUGCAGUCUCCUGGCUCUUGCUGCUGUUCGUCAUGUUGUUCUCCCUGCUUGCGGUAACCAUAGAAGCAAAGACCCAGGAUUCCUAGUGAUUCCUUGUGAAUCGAGCAUGCGCAGACGUGACUGAAUAUUCUGAAGUGACUGUUGAGGGGAAAAAAAAAAAAAAACCCUCACCCAGAGAGAGGAAGGGGGCGGGCUUUACUCAGAUCAAAUUCAAAGUGUUGAUCUCAGUUCGCCAGACUGAAGCAUGGAGGGCACAACUCUACCACGGCUGCUCCUGCUGACGGUGUGGCUGUGCUGCAGGCCCAGCAGAGCCUCCCUGACUCUCAGGCCCAGCAGAGCUCAGCUGUUUGAUGGUAAGUCUCUUCAUCUGAGCUGUGAGGAAGACUCUGCUGGAUGGACGGUGAAGAGGAACACGACAAAAAAACCCACAAAAGAUUGUGGAGACACCUGGGGAAAACCAGAGGGUUCCUCCUGUGUGAUCAGUUUAACAAUCCCAGAAGACAGUGGAGUUUACUGGUGUGAGUCCAGAGAGGGAGCAACCAGCAACACCGUCACCAUCACCGUCACUGUUGUGAUCCUGCAGAGUCCUGUCCUUCCUGUGAUGGAGGGAGCUGCUGUGACUCUGAACUGUACAACCAGGACUCCCUCCAACCUCCCAGCUGAUUUCUAUAAAGAUGGCUCCCUCAUCAGGACUGAGUCUACAGGACAGAUGACCAUCCACCAUGUUUCCAAGUCUGAUGAAGGGCUCUACCACUGCAACAUCUCUGGUUAUGGACCGUCUCCACCCAGCCGGCUGGCUGUGGCAGUGCAACCCACGACUACAACUCCUCCUCCUGCCUCCUCUCCUCAAGUUUCAACUACACGCUCCAGCUCCUCUCCUCUGCCCCUCCGGUGGAUCCUUGGAUCUGCCUGUGGUCUGGUUCUCCUGGUUCUCCUGGUUCUCCUGGUUCUCCUGGUUCUCCUGGUGGUUUUGGUGCGGUACGUCUGCAGGAGAUCCAAAGGUGAGGGUGUGAAGCUGGCAGCUGAUGACAUCACAUACAGUGACAUCAGAAUAACACAUGACUCACAGCGACCAAUCACACGGAGGAAAGACUGUGCUCCUGGAGCUGCAGACGUCACUUAUGGACAAGUCGCCAUCAAACCACGCGGGAGGAAAGACUGUGUUCCUGGUUCAGUUUCCUCAGAGGUGAGAGGAGCUGCAGACGUCACUUAUGGACAAGUCGUCAUCAAACCACACAGGAGGAAAGUCCUCAAAGCUCAACCUGGAGACGAUGUCACCCUGAGCUGUCAGGCUCCUGAUGGUGUCGACAUCGCAGUGGUACAGUGGAGCAGAAAGGACAUGAAGAAAGAAUAUGUCGUCUGCUACCGAGACAGGCACAUUGACUCAGUCAAACAGCAUCCAUCUUUUAAGAACCGAGUGGAGCUGAAAGACAAAAACAUGAUGAACGGCGAUCUGUCUGUGAUUCUGAAGAACGUGACGAAGGAGGACAGUGGAACAUACGAGUGUCGCUUUACAGCUGCUGGUGCCAAACAGAAGAGAUCCAUUAAAGCUCCUCCCAUCAGCACCAUCAGGCUGGAGGUUGUAAAUCCAGACUGUGUUCCUGGUUCAGUUUACUCAGAGGUGAGAGGACCUGGAGACAUCACUUAUGGACAAGUCGUCAUCAAACCCCACAGGAAGAAAGGCUCUCCAUCAGAACCACAGGUUUUGUACGCUUCGUUGAAGUAGACCAGUUCAACCACUGAUGUCCAACUGGUGGUCCACGGGCUGCAGCUGGACCCUCAGAUCCUCAAAGUGACCUGCAGUACAUCUGUUUAUUUAUUCUGCAUGUUGCAUGUAAAGAUAUCUGUAGUGGAGCAAACCCAUUAAAAUAUGGAGCUGAAUCCUCCGAUUGUUCACAUGCUUUUGUUUUGACCUCAGGAGUUUCUGCUGUUAAUUUGCACAACCUCAUGAUGAGCUUUUUUGAUAUGUGGUUACAUACAUUCUGUUGAACAGGAUCUGGGGAUAAUUGUCAGUUUUAUGUUUAAUUUAAUUUAAAUGUUGCUGUAGUGACCCAACCUCCCACAUGGUCAAAGUUGAAUCUUAUUUGUCUU